AUGAUUCCGGUGACAGAAUUCCGGCAGUUCUCUGAGCAGCAGCCUGCCUUCCGGGUGCUGAAACCGUGGUGGGAUGUGUUCACCGACUACCUUUCCGUGGCCAUGCUGAUGAUCGGUGUGUUCGGAUGUACUUUACAGGUCAUGCAAGACAAGAUCAUUUGCCUUCCGAAACGGGUUCAGCCGUCUCAGAACCACUCUUCCGUUUUGAAUGUCUCUCAAGCAGUUGCCGGAACCACCCCACUGCCUCCACCUAAACCGUCUUCGACCAGCCCGGUCACGGUGGAGAUGAAAGGACUGAAGACAGACCUGGACCUGCAGCAGUACAGUUUCAUAAACCAGAUGUGCUAUGAGCGGGCCCUGCACUGGUAUGCCAAGUAUUUCCCUUACCUUGUUCUCAUUCAUACCCUGAUCUUCAUGCUCUGCAGCAACUUUUGGUUCAAAUUCCCCGGCUCCAGUUCCAAAAUCGAACAUUUCAUCUCCAUCCUGGGGAAGUGUUUCGACUCGCCCUGGACCACACGGGCCUUAUCGGAGGUGUCCGGGGAGGACUCGGAAGAGAAAGACAACAGGAAGAACAACCUGAGCAGGUCCAACACCGUGCAGUCUGCCCAGGAAGGCAACCUGGUCAACUCGCAGUCGUUAAAGUCAAUCCCGGAGAAGUUCGUGGUUGACAAGUCCACUGCGGGGGCUCUUGAUAAGAAAGAGGGGGAGCAAGCGAAGGCCUUAUUCGAGAAGGUGAAGAAGUUCAGGCUGCACGUGGAAGAAGGGGAUAUUCUCUAUGCCAUGUAUGUUCGCCAGACUGUGCUCAAGGUUAUCAAAUUCCUCAUCAUCAUUGCGUAUAACAGUGCCCUGGUCUCCAAGGUCCAGUUUACAGUGGACUGUAACGUUGACAUUCAGGACAUGACUGGAUAUAAGAACUUUUCUUGCAAUCACACCAUGGCCCACUUGUUCUCCAAGCUCUCCUUUUGCUAUCUGUGCUUUGUAAGCAUCUACGGAUUGACGUGCCUCUAUACCUUGUACUGGCUCUUCUACCGUUCCCUGAGAGAGUACUCUUUUGAGUAUGUCCGGCAGGAGACUGGGAUCGAUGAUAUUCCAGAUGUGAAAAAUGACUUUGCUUUUAUGCUUCAUAUGAUAGAUCAGUAUGACCCUCUGUAUUCCAAGAGAUUUGCAGUGUUCCUGUCUGAAGUGAGCGAGAACAAAUUAAAGCAGCUGAACUUAAAUAACGAGUGGACGCCCGAUAAGCUGCGGCAGAAGCUGCAGACCAAUGCCCACAACCGCCUGGAACUGCCUCUCAUUAUGCUCUCCGGCCUUCCAGACACCGUUUUCGAGAUUACGGAGUUGCAGUCUCUAAAGCUGGAGAUCAUUAAGAACGUCAUGAUACCGGCCACCAUCGCCCAGCUGGAGAACCUCCAGGAGCUCUCUCUCCACCAGUGCUCGGUCAAAAUCCACAGCGCGGCCCUCUCUUUCCUGAAGGAAAACCUCAAGGUCUUGAGCGUCAAGUUUGAUGAUAUGAGGGAGCUGCCCCCCUGGAUGUAUGGGCUCCGGAAUCUGGAGGAGCUCUACCUGGUUGGCUCGCUAAGUCACGAUAUUUCCAAAAAUGUCGCCCUUGAGUCUCUGCGGGAUCUCAAAAGCCUUAAAAUGCUCUCUAUCAAAAGCAACGUUUCCAAAAUCCCUCAGGCCGUGGUGGACGUGUCCAGCCAUCUCCAGAAGAUGUGCAUCCAUAACGAUGGCACCAAGCUGGUGAUGCUCAACAACCUGAAGAAGAUGACCAACCUCACAGAGCUGGAGCUGGUCCACUGUGACCUGGAGCGCAUCCCGCACGCCGUGUUCAGCCUGCUCAGCCUCCAGGAACUGGACCUCAAGGAAAACAAUCUGAAAUCUAUAGAAGAAAUCGUUAGCUUCCAGCACCUGCGGAAGCUGACAGUGUUAAAACUGUGGCAUAACAGCAUCACCUACAUCCCCGAGCAUAUAAAGAAACUCACCAGCCUAGAGCGUCUGUCCUUCAGCCACAACAAAAUCGAGGUGCUGCCUUCCCACCUCUUCCUAUGCAACAAAAUCCGAUACUUGGACCUGUCCUACAAUGACAUUCGUUUUAUCCCGCCUGAAAUCGGAGUUCUACAAAGUUUACAGUAUUUUUCCAUCACUUGUAACAAAGUGGAGAACCUUCCAGAUGAACUCUACUUCUGCAAGAAACUUAAAACUCUGAAGAUCGGGAAAAACAGCCUAUCAGUACUUUCACCAAAAAUUGGAAAUUUACAGUUUCUCUCCUACUUAGAUGUUAAAGGCAAUCACUUUGAAAUCCUCCCUCCGGAGCUGGGCGACUGCCGAGCUCUGAAGAGAGCUGGUUUAGUUGUGGAAGAUGCUCUGUUUGAAACUCUGCCUUCUGAUGUCCGGGAGCAAAUGAAAACAGAAUAACUUAUUUUUGUUUCAAGUUUGACUGAAACUUGCUUCUACCAAAUACAGUAUAAAUAAUUAGGUAGUCUUAAUGCCUUUCCUAUUUUAUGGUUUUGUUUUUUUUCUUUUCACACAAAACAAAAUGUACACAAAGAUUGAGUAAGGAGUAUGUAUUUUUUAAUAAAAUUUUAAUUGUAUUUUUUCAAUAUUAAUAUUUUAAAGUUUUAUUUGUCCUGGACCCUAAUAUACCUAUUCCUGUUUUCUACUAACAGAAACUCAUGGUUCCAUCUGUUGUUUUGUUUUGUUUUGCUGUUGUUGUUGUUUUCCAGUUAAUUCUUGUGAAAGGGAGAGAAUUUUAAGUUGCAUGCUUUUGGUAUUUUUUUAAAUAGAUGAAGAUACUUUGCCAAGGUCAUGGUUAGCUCGUUUACACCUGUGCAGUUCCUUGCUCCUGUUGUCAUUGUGUGUAUACCAAGGAAUCUGUGCUGUUAUUUUACUACCAGCUGCCUUCUCCGUUGGCCAAGCCUGUUAUUCUAUAGAGCACUCUUUUCUGGAGUUUAAAUUCACAUAAGUGCAUUGUCGCAGACUAUUAUUUUUAAAUUAUCCCCCAUCUCCAAGAGAACCCUAAGUUAUGUUAUUUCAUAUACUUGACAGUUAAAGGUAUCCUUAGAUAAGGAUUUUUAAGCAAGUGAAGAUAGUAAUCUUUCAUAGUUGGCAUGCUAGAAUUGGUCAUUUAUAAUUUAAUCAAUUUCCACUUUUACCAACGUUUAAAAAUAUUCAAAAACUAAAAACGGAGGCUCCCCCCUUUAAUCUCAAUAUAGCUACAUAGUACUGGUUAGCAACCUUAGAGAAGCUAGAUUUAUUUUAAUUAAAACAGGUAAUUAAAUUUUAAAAUCAUAGAAUUAGAAGCCUGGUUUUUGAGUAAUUUAAUCAUCUUUGAUAUCUUGAUAUGUAGAUACAUCAAAUGGAAAAAUAUUUCACUACUAAAGCACUCUGCUAAAGAGCUGGUGCACGCCAGCCAGGCCCACUGGUUCCUCCAGGCAGUAUGGCAGUGGAAUCUAUUCAAAUCCUGCCUGUUGCACAAAAUAAUCCACAUAUUUAUAUAUAUUAUAUAUUUAAUCAAUUUCCCUCAAGCCUGCCCUUGCUGUGAAUGCUAGUGAUGCAAGCACAGGAACCCGUUCUGCUCUCUUUGGCUUAAAACAUGUAUCUCAUGUAGAUUGGUUCUGUUACUGUUUCCCGAAAUGUGAAUAAAUUGCUAAUUGGAUGUCACCUAGCAACAAUUUUGCCUGAUGAUCAAUAGAACUCUCAUGUCUCUUUGCACUUUAAAAUCCAACAUGGUAUAUGUAGGUCUUAGGCAAAAUUUUUCACUAACUGUUAAGCUGUGUGGAACAGGAAAAUGAAAACACUAUUUGUGCCCUCAGUCCAGGACCAGUACUAUUGAUCAUGGAAUUCUGUUUAUUUACCAAAUCACCUUGACCAUUUUCCAAGCCCUGGUCUCCUCUAAGAAAAUUCUGUGACCUAACAAUGAGAGAAAGUAGGAAGAUGAUUUGGGGUUUCAAAAUGCUGCCUUUAAAAUUCACUCCUUGAUCCUGGUGACUUUGCUCAGUGCUACUGUGAGUCAUGAAACACAACUGCAGGGACUACUCAGCAGAUACAUGGACCUCAGUCCUUUUCUUAAUGUUACAGUACAUCAUGGGGUGAAGAAUUUGCAAAAGAGAUGCUUUUCAUUUAUUUGAUAAUCUAAUCAGGUAGACCAAAGUGCUUCACUAUUUCUGCUCUAUGUUAAAGGGUUAGAAUGGUGAUUUUAUAUAGCUGAUUUAUUUCUACCUGUAAUUGAAACAAUAUGCUUAAAAUAGUAACUGGUUAUAUUUCUUGUAGGAUAAAAUAUUCAAUUCCAGAAUAUUGGUAGGAUCCUGAUUAUAAACAAUGUGCUGUAUUUAGAGACAUAGACCUGUUUUCAACAAACAAAAAACCUGAAAGAUUGUCCAUAGCUGAGCGUGACAAAAAUACCCUGUUGAAAGGCAAACUUCAAGAGCUACUGUUAAAACACUGGGUGCACUAUUUUUCUGUAAACAAUUUAUGGUUAUUUUCUGUAUCACCCUUCAAAGGGGAUCUAUUCAGGUUAAAAAUCAUGUUUAUGCUAAAGCCUUUAUCUGAUAUUAACUCAGAAUCUCAUAUGGGUUCAUAACUCAAGUAAGUAAUAAUUAUUUUAUCACUUAUAACAAUUUGCUCGAAAUUCCAAAAGAAUUUGAUUUGCUUUCUUAAUGAUUUCGCAAGUUGACCCUUUGCCUAAGUUCUGAAUAACAUUCAAUAAAUUAGUGUAGUUCCAUAACUUUAUGUUUUCACUAAAAAGGAAAAUUCACAGAUGUUUCUAUUAGAUUUUAUAAAAAUUCAAAAUUCUCAAACUUUAUCUCGAAUCGAAAUUUUUGACUCUUGCCCUUUUUAAUAUUGUAGAUUUUUGUUCACAUUCUUAAAUUUAAAAAAAGCACUCAAUUACUAUUUAGUCUUUAAAUGGGAAACUCAGGUAACUAAACUGCUGACUUUUCUAAAGUCCUUUAACAGAUCAACUUCAUGUAAAAGGGAUGUUUACCUACUCUUUUUUCCAUAUUUUACAAGUGCUCUUGCUAAAACAGAACAGCUAGCUCUAUUUCUCCAACCUCUAGGAUUCAUGGGAAACUGCUUAUGUAAAUAUAAAAGCACCAUAUGUACUCAUAACUCCUAUGGGUGCUUGAAGCCCAUAACGGUACUCUUUUGGGUCUGUUUUAAUGGUUAAGUCUAGAACAGUCUGGCUGAUGGUCUGGUUGAAACAGAUCAUAUAAGUAUAUCCCAAUGGAACUCACCUAAGAAGACCACACCUCAGAAAACUAGUUAUGUGUUGAGUUUUCCUUUUGUUCUGUUUUUAACAGCACUUUUAAUAUAAAGGUUCUUGAUACAAUGAAACCUGUUAUUUACAAUUGUAAAACGUUUUAAAUUGUUCACCCACCUUUUUCCCUGCCACACAUUCCCCAUAUUGCUAUUGUAAUGAGUUCUAACAAUUUACAUGGCAUCCUGCUUCCAGAAGGGCAUGGAAAAUAUGUCCACAGUGGGUGUUUUGUUCAUUUAGAGGUGGCUCCUUACCUUUCUCUCAAGCCAUCUUUGUAGAGAGGGGCUUAAACAACCUGGAUCUUCCUUGGGUUACUUGGGAUGAAGAAAGUUUAAGCUCUUGCAAUAUGAUCUCUGAUAUUAAAAAAGAGAAAAAAUCUUUACAUCUCUUGUCAUUUCCGCCAGGAGGAGUUGUGCCGUUACCUAUUUUCCUAAUCCUACUGUAAGAAAAGUUCAUUUUAAAGUAGUUCAUUUUACUCUGUAAUUUCAUGCCAAAUACCUGAUCAAUAGUAACGGCAUACUUACUUGAACAGUGAACAUUCAUGAUCCAUCUUUAUGCAAACUGUCAGCAGGACUUAGUAGUGAAUAGGUAAAAUUUGGUAUAAUUUCAAUUUAUGUUUAGACUAAAUUGAGAUUCAAUUUGCAUUCUGUUAAUUCUGAAUGUGAUCAUGUUACUCAGACCACAUUUGGGUAGGAUCUCAGUAACUCAGGGUAGGGUUCCGUACUAACCUUAGGUUAGCAAACAGAUUAGCGAAACAACACAGUUGUUAGUGGGGGGAUGCCUCAGAGGUCUAAGAUUUUAGACCUUUCCUUGAGUAUUCAGACACAUUGUAAGAAAACCUGUUACUGAUUUUUCAGAUUUAGGCCUCAGUGACAUGUUUCUAAUACAAUUUCAAACUAGGGAUCCACUCUUAUUUCAUUUUCCCAAGCCAUUCACUGAUACAGGUAACAUCCCUAAGCUAAUUUUGGGGAGAGGGAAGAGGGUCUGCUCUCACCCAAAGGAAGUUAUUUUUCAUUCAGAAGAUCUUGAAAAGGGGAACAUAAUUUUGAACUUAAUUUCUUGGCCAUAUUAAAUAGUCCCUAUGCAUGGUUUUUAAUGUGGUAUAAAUUUGCUGUCCGCUAAAUACCGUUCCCCCUCCCACCCGAUUCUGCCUUUUUAAUGAAUAUUUUUGCUGGGUUUGAAAUCCAAGGCCUUAUGUGCCCACUCAGUUUUCCCUCUUGUUUCCUCUUGCUGUCUGUCUGUGUUCAGAUUGUGUCAAAUGCUGGCAAAACCUCUAAGACUAUCAAAAAAUGCUUGAAAGUUGAUUUGUCAUCGCGCAAAUUCAUGGUAAAACGUCUUAAUGUUAUUUGGCUAUGUAGUACAUAGGAACAGAAAGUAACUUAAAUAAAGUCAUUUUUGUAAUUUAAAA